AUUGUUUACCGCAACGUACUGAGUCGUGGCCCACCGAAAAACGACGACGAUCAGCAGUGGUAGCGGCUUUUAAUGUAGCAUUUUGGUUGAUUUUAAGUUUAGUUCGAAAUUUAGCGGCGCGCUUGGUAGACGCUGAGGUGUUUAAGCAAUAAUCAUACACAAAAACGGAGCGAAGAAAAUAUAAGAAAUUUAAUAAACGAAAAUUGAAUGGAAUAAAAACGCAAAAGCAAAAUUUAAAGUUUAUAAAUAAAUAGUUAAAAAAAUUAUACAAGCCAAAGUGUACAGAAACAAAAAUAAAUAAAAAUAAGCGAAUUAUAAAUUUUUUAUUUCAAACCUCAGAAAUAAAAUUCUAGAUUAACAAAAAAGAAAAAAAAUUAUUGUAUUUCAGAAAACGCAAAUACAAAAAAUUUUCAAAACUGAGUUAGUAAAUCAAUUUCACUAAAUGGCCAAAAACGAAACACAAAUUUGCUAAAUUAACAAAAAAAAAAAAAUAAAAAAAUUUAACUCGAAAAAUUUUUCUGUCGAAAGUGGCUUGAUCUCUAUAAAAAAAAUUUAAUUAAAUCAUGAUAAAUAUAAAAUAACUUUCCUUUUUAGCACGCAACGUGCUUACAUAAGUGAAAAUAAAAAUUGAAAAAUUAAAAUAGCAAAGAAAUGUACUAGUAUUUCCAUAUUUCUACUGCAUACUGCAUUGUCUGUCGCUUAAAAUCUAUCUUAGUGGUUCAUCGAAUUCAUUAACCUACACAUGAGUGAUCGCGCUGCUGCAUACUGACGAUCCAUUCAGGCGGUACGAAGUUGUUAAAAAGACCCCAUUAACCCAGAAUUGCCAAAGCAAAAGUUUUCGAGGAGAAAUUAAGAAUUAUACGAUAUAUAUGUAUGGUUGCUAGUUUGUAUUGCUUUCAACUUUAAUUUGCAAACAAUUCAUUGGCAGAGUAGUGUGAAAUAAGUCUUAAUUACUGGUAUAAUAAAUUGUUUGCGCACUGACUUGGUUGCACAUUUGCCGCCUGGUGCCACUGCUCGUCCGUCACCUUUCUACCUCCUCGAUAUCCUCUGUCUCUCUCCCUCUCCCACCGCAACAAAAAUGGAUGUCGCUUGGCGUUUGCGUAUCAUGAUCUUCACAGCGUUGGCCUUGAUGUUGUUCGGCGAUUUUUACGGUUAUGGCAGUGUCAGAGGCGUUAAAUCGGAUACAAAUCAAGCGGCUGCGGCGGCGGCCGCCACCACUGGUCCGGGCAAAUUCCAACAAAGCGAUGCGGAUAUUGAAAUUGGCGAAGAUACGGAAAUCAAUGAGUUCUCUGCCGUUGCCCUUCAACGAAAGCAGAAUACGCUUAAAUCACAGUUAACAGAUGCCAUCAAGGAGUCUUGUCUGCCAAAAAUGUUGUGUGAAAUGGCUGCCAAGCAAGAUUAUAUGCUGACUGAAAAGGAGAAGGAUCUGCUGUAUUUAAUAAGAUCCUCAACCAUGUCGUUGGCUAUGAACACAGCGCCGAGUAAAUGGCAUUUUGCUGCCCAUAUGGGUGAACUACUCCGUUACACAGGCGAUGAUCAGAGCGGCCCCAUGGGUUGUGCUAAUCUAUGGCCGAAUUGUCCAAUAAGUUCGAAGAAACUGAUGAAGCUAUCGCAUAAGGUGAAACUGUAGGAGUGUGAAUGUAAAAGCAAGUAAACAGGAUGUGUGAAAAAUGGAAAACGUCUAUGCAGAGUUAAAAGAAAGGCUCAAGCGAAAACUCAAAGCAAAGGUGUGCAAAAAAAUGUGUAAGCAAUCAACCACUGAGUGUCAAAGUCAAAUGAAUGGAGAGCAAUUGUUGUGUACGCCUAACUUUAGUUAAUAUUUAUGUAGUUUUACAUAUGAGAAGUAAGAAAAGCUGUCAGAUUAUACGCGUACGCUGUUGUAUGUGUAAAGUCAUCAAUACGUCCUUGAGGCGAACCAUUUUCAUGUGCUUACUUAAAUGAGACUUUUAAGAAAUUUUAAACAGUUGCUAAGGUAAUGAAUGUUUAUGAAAUAAAAUUAAGUAAUUCUCAGUCUUUAUGUUUCUUGCGCUGCGUGAUCAAGGUGGCGCAAAAUUAAUCAUUCAAUUUUGGUUUUAAAUAAUAGGACUAUGAAUAAGUUCGUGCGGUUUUUUUUCGAAAUUUGAAACUUUAUUGACGUAAAAUGGUUACAAAUUUAA